AUGGCGGCGAAACCCCAGAGCUCAAGCAAGGAAAUGAUGAAGAACAAGAACGUCGCCGGUGGGCAGCUGGCAAUGCUCUCCAAAGACCCCCCGACCGGCUUCUUUCGCGAUGGAUAUUGCAGGACCGGGCCCGAGGACAAGGGAAACCAUUCAGUAGCCGCCACCGUGAACCAAGAGUUUCUGGACUUCACAAAUUCGAAAGGCAAUAACCUGCGAGAAGCCGGGGUCAAGGACGGAAUGAAAUGGUGUCUCUGUGCACACCGGUGGAAGGAAGCAUUCGACGCCGCACAGAAGGGACACAUAUCACAGUCGGCCGUACCACGAGUGCAUCUCCAUGCCUCUCAUGAGAGUGCCCUGAACAGCGUCAACUAUGGAGAUCUGAGCAAGUACGCCGUGAGCGGAGACGCGCCGAAGGAGUCGAAUCGAAAUCGACAAGGUGCGCACAGUGAUCCAGAACAGCCGUCACAUGGGAUUGCCAGGGAGACCUCGGAGUUGAGUGGCAAGUCGGAGCCAGAGAGGGUUGGAGGGUAA